AAAACCCAUCAAAAAAAAUGUCUACAGUUCAUUAUGCCAUCCUCGUGGCACUUCUUGUCAUCUCCGCCAAUGCAAUCUCUCCUCCAGAGAAGUUGAAACCCAAACAAACGGUUCCUGCUUCUCCUCCACUUCCUACAAUCUCUGCUGCCGCCAAAGCUUUCACCGACGCACACAACAAAGCCAGAGCCAUGGUAGGUGUCUCGCCGCUAGUAUGGAGCCAGACGCUGGAGGCAGCAGCGAACCGGCUGGCUCGUUACCAGAGGAACCAGAAGAAAUGCGAGUUUGCGAGUCUAAACCAAGGGAAAUACGGUGCAAACCAGCUUUGGGCCAAGGGUUUGGCCGUGCCGCCAGCUCUUGCGGUGGAGACAUGGGUGAAAGAGAAAGCAUUCUACGACUACAAGUCGGACAAGUGUGCCGCGAACCACAUGUGUGGUGUCUAUAAACAAGUCGUGUGGAGAGACUCAAAGGAGCUUGGCUGUGCUCAAGCCAUGUGUACUAAGGAGUCAACUGUUUUAACCAUCUGUUUCUAUAAUCCCCCGGGAAAUAUAAUUGGCCAAAAGCCAUACUAGAGAAAAUGUAUUACUACUUUUACUAGAGUAUCUAUUAAUUGUCCAA